AACCGCUCUGAAAAUAUUCGUCAUCCCUAAUUGUACAACAACUCCAUGAUGCUGCCCGACAGUUUGAAUACCGGUCAACAUCAUAAGGCAUUUUGCUCUCUUAAGGAUGCAUAGCUGCAUCCUUUCAAAGUUUCUUACAGAAAGAAUUGUGCUCAGAAACAUGCAGAAUAAAUUGUGGGAUGAGCUACAUCGUACCACUUCAAUAUUCUUCGUAUCUCUCGAGGGCUCACUCUGAACCCUUAUAACUAAGGAAUUUACACUUUCAGUUGUUAUUUUUUAUUUACAAUGAACAAUAAGGCUUACUUCUUCUCUUUUUUUUAACAGAUCUCCAAAGUUGCUAUAAUCAUUUAUAAUCACUCUGUGUACUUAAGGCAUACAAUAUAACAAUAUAGUGAUUGAUAAUGACAUCCAUUAUGUCCUCAUGGAAAGACAUCGAUCAACCAUCCACCUCAUCAACAACUGCAGCAAGAAUGAAAAGAAAGCGAUCAAUAUCUCAGUCAGCUAGCACUGUUGCUGAAAGAAAACAAACUUGGAGAAACUGUCCUAUCAAUAAGAAAUAUGAAAAGCUGGCCACAUUUAUACCCUGUCGUGUACUUGAUUGUCUGUGUAGUGGUAUGAAAUAUCCUGAUUCAAUAAAUCUUCUAUCAAAUGUUAGUCCAGUGAAUCUCCACUUUGACUGUGCAUCUUGCUAUCAUCAAUUAUUGGAUCAUGUAUCUCAUUUGCAGAAUUAUUCUGAAGAAGAAAUAAAUGGACUGUUAGAUAUUAGUUGUGAUCUUGAAUUAACAUAUUUGCGUUCUAAAAAGGAAACGGAUUCUGUUGUCAAACAUCUUUAUUCUGUUCUUAGCAAAAUUCUACAGUUGUGUAUCAUAAAUGUAACUAAGCCUGAAAUUGAAGGACAGAUUGGAAAGCCUCCAUUUGAAUCUCCCAGCUUUGUUCAGAUCGUAAAGAAUUUUGUUUUGUACAAAUCUAGUCAUCUUCCAAAUGAUCAAUCAGAAAUUCUACAUAAAGUAUCAAAUCAGUUCCUAUUAUUUAUAAAAACAAUACCUUUGGAAAACCCUAGUUCUUUUCAGCUUCAUUAUCCACAAGUGGAUGCAAAUGCUUAUGUCAAACUAUAUAGCAGAUGGUUUUGUUAUUGCUAUAUUCCGACUUACUGUAAAUCCUUUGGAAGUUAUGAUGCUUUUCGAAUAUUUGGACGUGAAUUUUUACGAACAGUCUUUCCAUAUUAUCAUGAAGUUAUGCUGAAAAAUAAAGCAUCAUUUGAAGAGAAGUUAUGCCCCAAAGUUUAUUUGCAGCUCUUUAGGUUUUUAUCGACAUUUGCAGAAGAAAUAAAAAAUGACGAUUCUCCUAUAUGGUCAAAUGAUUUCAAAACUUUUGUGCAGAAUCAUUCAGCACCAUUAUCACCUCCACUGCAACAAUUUUUUGCUAAUUUUGAAAGAAGUGAAUCUUCAAAUGAAGGUGUCAUCAUAGAAUCAGUGAAAACUGUCAAAGAUUACGGUAAAAUGCUUGGUCCCAUGACAUCCACUGAAAAUGCUGCUAGAGACCACAUUGCUCAUAUUGAAGAAGAGAGGGGCGCUAUUCAACUUCAUAUUAUCAGCAAUUCUUUAUCAAAACCUCCAGACAAGCAGUGUCAAAUAUGGCUUGUAGAAUUACAAAAUUUGUUUGCUCGUCAGUUGCCAGAGAUGCCUAAAGGAUAUAUCAUACGAUUUGUGUUUGACUCGAAACACAAGAAUUUGGCUCUUGUUGAAUCUAACCAUGUGAUUGGUGGAAUCUGUUUUCGAAUGUUUCCUAGUCAAGGAUUCUCAGAAAUAGUAUUUUGUGCAGUUUCUCUUGAUAAACAAGUCAAAGGUUAUGGAACCCAUAUGAUGAACCAUUUAAAAGAUUAUCACGUGAAGCAUAAUAUUCUACAUUUUCUAACGUAUGGAGAUAAAUAUGCUAUUGGAUAUUUUAAAAAACAGGGAUUUUCUAUGGAUAUAAAAUUGCCGAAGGAAAUAUAUACUGGAUAUAUAAAGGAUUAUGAUGAAGCUAAACUUAUGGAGUGCAAACUGAACCCAAAAAUCAGAUAUACUCAGCUUUCUAAAAUACUUCAAAUUCAAAAAGAAGUUGUGCGAAAUUUGAUUGCAAGGAAACAGAGCUGUGUACAGAAGAUUUAUCCAGGUUUAAAUUACUUCCGAGAAGGCUUAAGUGGAAUACCUGUUGAAAAUAUCCCAGGAGUUUCAGAAGCCAUUAAGAGACCUGAAAAACAGAUUGAUUCCAAUGGAAAAGAUCCAGAGUUACUUUUCCAAAAAUUAAAAAAAGUAUUACAACAGACGAAGAAUCACAGCUCUGCAUAUCCGUUUUUGGAACCAGUAGAUCCGGAAGAGCAUCCUAAAUAUUAUGAAAUGAUAAAGCGUCCAAUGGAAUUAAGGACAGUAUCUGAAAGACUGAUGAAACGAUACUAUGUUACUGAAAAAUUAUUUUUAGCUGAUAUGCAACAAAUCUUUGAUAACUGCAAGAGCUACAAUUCCCCAGAGAGCGAUUAUCAUAAAUGUGCAUGUUUGUUGGAAGCACAUUUCAAAGAUAUGAUGAGAACUGCUGGACUUCUUCAUUGAGGAAAUUUAUACAUGUGUAUGUUCCAUUGAUAUUUCAGUAUGUUCCCUCAUCAUUUGUAAUGUAACAAUUUUUUAAUGUAUUUAGCUA